AUGGAGAACGUGACCUUGUUGCUGAGUUAUCUGGUGAUGUUGAUGGUGAUGGUGGUGGUGGUGGCGCCUUCGCACGCUGUUUCCAGUGGUCCCCACAUUGCCGACGUUAACUUGCUCUUGCCGCCGAAAAUGACGUUUCCAGUAGAUUACAGACUCCAAGGAAGCGACGGUUGCUUCCAAUGGUCAUGGGAUCAUCAUGAUAUUCUGUCUGUUGAGCCUGAGUAUAAUUCAAGCAGCAAGUGCUCGACUAGUGCAAGGAUAAGAUCCAUUGCCCCUUACACUGGUAGGAAGGAAACUGCUGUUUAUGCUGCAGAUUUGCAAUCUGGGAUUGUGAUACGCUGCAAAGUUUUUAUUGACAACAUAUCAAGAAUACAGAUAUUUCAUAAUUCUAUUAAGCUUGAUUUAGAGGGGCUUGCCACGCUACGUGUUCGAGCCUUUGAUAGUGAAGAUUGGGAAAAAUUAUUGAACUUCCCUUGUGCUGCAGAAAAUGUAUUUUCCUCAUUAGUUGGCUUACAGUUUAUGUGGAGUCUUAUGCCUGAAGCCAAUGGAUUACCUCAUCACCUUGUUAAUGUUCCCUUAAAGGAUUCUCCCCUUAGUGAUUGCGGAGGACUAUGUGGUGACUUAGAUAUACAAAUAAAACUUGAAGACAAUGGUGUGUUUUCAGAUCUGUUUGUAGUAAAGGGAAUUGAGAUUGGUCAUGAGAUUGUGUCAGUGCGUUUGCUCGAGCCACAGUUAAAGAAUUUGGCUGAUGAGAUUGUUCUUACUGUUGCUGAAGCUAUGUCACUUGAUCCUCCUUCACCAGUUCUUGUCCUUGUUGGUGCAGUCAUUCCCUACACCCUCAAAGUCAUCCGGGGAAGUGUUCCUCAAGUGGUGACUUUACCGUCACCCCAUCACCAAUGGUCUGUCUCAAAUGCUUCAGUUGCUCAGGUUGACUCAAUAACAGGGUUAGCAUAUGCAUGGAACUUGGGGAUUACAACUGUUAUUGUUGAAGAUACUAGGAUUGCUGGCCAUGUUCAAGUGUCUUCACUGAAUGUGGUCCUACCAGUUUCUUUAUGUUUAUAUAUAUCACCUUUAUCUAGUUCUGGUGAUCCAGUGGAUGGAGUCAAAUCUAUUCCUCUGACCACCCGUUGGUAUGUUGUAUCUGGCCAUCAAUAUCUUAUCCAGAUAAAGGUUUUUGCACAAGAUCAUGAUGCACAAGAGAUUUAUAUUACAGAGGCUGUCAUCCCACAUUCUUGUCCCAUUCCAAGGUUACCACAAAAUGACGAUGUUAAGGUUUAUGAUAAUGAUUCUGAUCAAUACUGGAAAACAUUUUGGGUUUCAAAUGAUAUUGCUGUUAAACGUAGCUGGCGGAAUUCUAAAAUCUUGAAGGCUUAUUCACCAGGACUUGGAAAAUUGACAGCUUCUCUGACCUAUCCUGGUGGGGUUGAUGACAAAAAGGAGAUUAUCAAAGCUGUGCAAGAAGUCAUGGUUUGUGAACAAGUAAAGUUCACCUUGGACAAUGAAAGUGGAAUAAUCUUCCUGCCAUGGUCACCUGGUGUUUAUCAGGAGGUGGAGUUAAAGGCUAUAGGAGGUUGUGCAAAAACAGUGAACGACUUCAGAUGGUUAUCUUCAGACUCGUCUACAGUAUCUGUAUCAGCUUUUGGUAUUGUCCAGGCAAAAAAACCUGGUAAAGCUACUAUCAAAGUGUUAUCUGUAUAUGAUUCACUAAAUUAUGACGAGGUAAUGUUGAUGUGUGAUUACUGGUCAAACAUGCUUAAUGUUGCUAUAUGCUGGGUCGAGAAAAGAAUUGUUGGUGACUUUGGGAGUCACCUGUUGUGGGGCAUACAAGUAGAGGCUGCACUACGCCAGGCUAGAGAUAUUCCAAGAGGUGUUUUCUGUUGGAUUCUCUAUGUACCAUUUGUACUUGUUGAAGUCUCCAUCCCUGCAUCUAUGGUUAUGCUUCACAAUUUCCCUGUAGAAACUGUUGUUGGAUCACAUCUUCAAGCUGCUGUGACAAUGAAAACAGCAAAUGGUUCCUUUUUCUAUGUAUGUGAUGCCUUUAAUUCUUUGAUAAAGUGGAAAGGUGGAAGUGAGUCUUUUGUAAUCGUGAAUGCAACUCAGGAGUUGUUAUACUACAAAACAGAGCCAAAUACUCAGCUCCGUCCAUCAGAUGAUGGUUUUCCCUGUUCGAGGACAUAUGUUUUUGCUUCUAAUCCUGGUCAAGCUGUGAUCCAUGCCAUAUUUUCCAAAGAUGAUCACCACUACAGUCAUAGUCCUGUUGUAUUAAAAGCAUCCUUACGUAUUGUGGCAUAUCUACCCCUUAUUGUGCAUCAGGCAGGUGAUGGAAACCAAUUUGGUGGUUAUUGGCUUGAUUUGGCUCAAACAGAAAAUGACAAGCAGUCACAUGGCUUAGAGGAGUUAUAUCUUGUACCUGGCACAAGUUUAGACAUAGUACUCAUUGGUGGUCCUGAGCGGUGGGGCAAAGGUAUUGGUUUCAUUGAAAAUGUAACAGUUUUGGAUGAAGAGAAUGCUCUGGCUGAAGAUGGAGUCCUUGUGCAUCGGGUAUCUGGUAGCUAUAGGAAUUUGUAUGGGAUUUUAUGUCAAAAACUGGGAAACUUUCUUCAAAUGACUCAGAAACUUCAUUUCAAACGUGGAAAUUUGGUUGGCGAUGACCAUCCUCUGCCUUCAGUAGCUGAAGUUUGGCUGUCAGUGAUGUGUAGCAUUCCUUCUUCCAUUGUACUUGUAGCUGAUGAACCAGGUCAUCAGCUACACAACUCUUCAGAUUUCUAUCCCUCAAGUGAGUUGUGCUUUUCAGUGAAUGAACACAGAAUAAUUAAAGCUGCAGCUCUAGCUGAACGUAGUUUAGGUAGACUUCGUGAUACCGCUGUAAUUGUUGCAAAUGGGCGCACUAUUCGUGUAUCUGCAGUUGGUAUCAGUGAUUUGGGAGAGGCUUAUGCAAAUUCAUCUUCUCUCAGUUUGAGAUGGGAACUUAGCAGUUGUGACGGGCUGGCUUACUGGGAAUAUUCUUUGGAUAUAGUGAAGUCUAACAGUUGGGAGAGAUUUCUGGUCUUGCAAAAUGAAUCAGGAGUGUGCACUGUUCGUGCCACUGUCACCGACUUUGCCGGUAACUUCGGAGAUGAUACAUUUCACUGGUUUACCAAAACCAAAAAUGUUCUGACAGACGCAAUUCAUUUACAGCUUGUUUCUACCCUAAGAGUUGAUCCAGAGUUCAACUUGAUAUAUCUCAAUCCUAAUGCAAAGGUAAAUUUGUCAAUUAUUGGUGGUAGCUGUUUCUUGGAAGCUGUUACGAAUGAUUCUCAAGUUGUAGAAGUUAUUCAACCACCAGCGGGAUUCGAAUGCCUACAAUUGAUUUUGUCACCUAAAGGAUUAGGGACUGCUAAUCUGAGUAUAUAUGACAUUGGGAUAACUCCUCCACAAAGAGCUUCUGCACUUGUUCAAGUUGCGGAUAUAGAGUGGAUCAAGAUCAUAUCAGGAAAAGAGAUCAGCCUGAUGGAAGGAAGUUUGCAAACUAUUGACUUAUUGGCUGGUAGUAAUGGUGGAAAUAGUUUUGAUGCUUCUCAGUUUUUUUACAUGAAUCUUCAUGUACACGUUGAGGAUAGUAUAAUUGAGCUGGUGGAUAAUGACGAUUUCUCAAGUCUUGUUGGUGGCCAUGUUAAUGCACCAAGUUUUAAAAUAAAGGCGAGGCAUCUUGGAAUUACUACCCUUUAUGUCAGUGCUACACAACAUUUGGGACAUGUAAUACAGAGUCAAGCUAUUAAGGUGGAAGUUUACGCAGCCCCAAAAAUACACCCUAACAAUAUUUUCUUACUACCUGGUGCAUCAUAUGUGCUUACCAUGGAAGGAGGCCCAACACUCGGUGUUCAUGUUGAGUAUGAAAUUGAAAAUGAUAAAAUUGCAAGUAUUGAUAGAUAUUCUGGACGGCUCUCAGCAAGUUCUAUUGGGAACACGAAAUAUUCUCUUACUGAAUUGAUACCAAUAACAGAGGAUACAAUUUGUAUUUAUGCAGAUCAAAUCUACUAG